AUGCUGCUUGAUUUAAAAAUGAGGGAUGCUGGAGUAGAAGAGCGAAAGCAAACAAUUGCGGAAGAAAGGGCCAGAAGAAUAGAAGAGAAGGCUGCUAAAGAACAUGCAGCCGAAGAGAGACGUAAAUUUGCAGAGCUGGUAAGUGAGUAA